GCAAAAUUGACACUACUUGAACUUUUCAUGUCGGCAGUUGAUAAACUUUUGUAUUCAUAGCUUUACUGUUGUUGGGUGAUUGCAAGAAAUGAUGGCAGUCUAAUUACUUGUGGUCUUGUGAUGGGCGUCCCAAAUUCUGUCAACUGGAACACCACAGCCUCAUCGACAAGCACUGUAUCCUUGACAGUCCACUGAAGACACAUUUGUAUCCUGGUAACUGGUGGUUUAUCCUCAGCGGGGGGCUCAACAGGUCAGGCAUUCGGUGGAUGGAUGGUCAUUAGACAAGAAGACUUAGUUAUUUGAUGUUUGUCAGGAUGCACGGUGAGUAUUAUUGCACUCUGAUUUGAUGUUGGCUUCAAAAUCAAGUAAUUGUGACGAAUGUUUCUUUUUUAUCUGCCUAGCUCUUUUUAUUUUUGUGGUGUUCCAGUAUAUACAUGAGGCAUGGUUACAGCCUUGUAUAUACACCGAUACGGACUUUGUUUGCAAAGAGAUACCAGAAGAUUAUCCUGCUGGUUUGACCUCUGUGAUUAUCUUUGUGAGUGGUUUAGGAGAAAUCAGCUUGUCUAUGUUUAACAGCACCAGUCUGACCUCUGUGAACAGUCUGACUAUGGCACACCAAGGUAUCACAGCAAUAGGACCGCAGACCUUUGAUAGGUUUCAAAACCUCAAAACACUCAAUUUGCACAGUAAUCAUCUCUCCCAAGUCUCCUCAAACUGGUUCAGCCAUAAGGUUACACUUGAGACACUCAGACUCUCAAAUAAUAAAAUCUCUACACUGGAACAUAGUUCUCUUAAUGGGCUGUCAAACCUGCUCAACCUAAACUUGUCUCAGAACCAGGUUCACACUAUAACCCCAAGCACUUUUCUUGGUCUCAGUAAACUGAGGCACUUAGACUUGUCCAACAACAAACUGACAAAUUUGAGUACGGAUGUGUUUCUUCCACUUAAUGGCACAAAGAUCCACUUGGAUGGAAAUCCCUGGGACUGCUCCUGCUCUGUGAAUGACUUUGUCAAAUACCUGAGAGGUCUGCAGAAUGCCUCUCUUCUGGAGAAUGAGAUGCUGGUGUGCUGCAAUAGCCCUCCUGAUUUGGAAGGUGUACCAAUAUGGCAGGUACCAGAGUGUAAAACCUUCACAUCCAUGAGCCCUACCACUACCAGUCUUGCCACUAUGAACCUGACCACUGGAGGUGCUGGCACCGGGAACCCUGCCACUGUAUUAAUAACCAAACCUCUUAUAAUUGGUCACUCGACUUUAAUCAUUUUUAUUGUGGUACUGUGUGCCCUGGUUCUUGUCAUCUGUGUCCUUUCAGCAUUAUAUCACAGGAAACGAGAGAGGAGACAUCUACAGACUGUAAAACCUGCUUCAGAGAAAUCUGAAAUGAUUCGAACCAGUGAAUCAACUGCAAAAAGCAAUGGAGAAGAAAACAGAAAAGUGAAAUCUGAAAUCGCAAAUAAAACCCAUAUUGCCACAACAGAAGUGUUAUUGACGGCAAACCAGAUGGUGGUUGGAGAUGAGAAGAUAUCACAGAUUUACCAUAUUUAUUCAUCAGGGCCAUAUGACACCAGAGAACCCAUUAAACGUGUGAGAUCUGCUGGGCCGGUCUUGUGCAGGAUGGAGAUGUUUUCUAAACCGACAGAAGCGGAUGAAGUUGGGGUAAGGAAUGAUGAGUAUUACAAUGGAUGGAUGAUCUCAGAAAAAACAAAAGACAAUCAGUGUGUUAAUACUGAGGAGGUGGAGAAGUUGGAGGAUGGAAAACGCAUAGCAGAUGAGGAGAAAGAGGGAUCCACUGAGGUUAGUAACACCACUGACGCUCUGGAAUCACAUGAGGAGCUUGGAGAAAAAGAUGAAGAUACUGAUGAGAGCGUUCGAGACGGAACAAGCGUAGAUAAAGACGUUCAUCAGCAUAGAGUGUUGAACAAUGUGUUGGAUCACCUGAACGAGUUGGCGGAUGGAGCAGGAAGCAGUCAAGAUGUUCUCCAGCUAAAACAUGUCACGUCCCAGUCUGAGGAGCCUGAUGAAAACCUGCCAUACCUCACGAUCGGUGCUGAUCCAGAAAAGCAGACCACUGGGCUUGAUCAGAAUACUGCUAAAGGAACAUCUAGACCUUCAAGACCUAUUCGACGUGUACUUACCUGGCCUCCAACUGCGGCCCAGUGGAAGAAGCAGUGGGCUCAAAAUCAACAAGUCCUCAAUGUGUUCCCACAACUGAUAUUUGUAUCUGGUUGCAGGCAUGAAAUUAGACCAUUUCCACCCAACAUUUCUCCUGCAAUCUUCCCAACUGCCCCACAGUUCACUGCAAUAGAGUUUCUGCCUGAAAUCCCAUUACCAAUGGAAGAUGUCCGGGUCACUAUUGAUGAGCACACUUACAGGGCAAGUCUGGAGUCAUCCAAUCAGAGAGUCCUGCAUUUCAGUGCAAAGGAAUGCUUCUCUAAUAUGUCACCAAGGGAGGAUGGCAGAAUUAUUACAAAUGGGGAAACUUGGAUGUCAGGUCUCGAGUCGAACAUCUUUUCCGACUUGUCCGCCAAGAACUCGCCAAUUGAUGAAAGUGAAGUCUGCUCUGAAUUCAGCUUUUUUAAUCCAUCAUUUGGUAGCAGCAAGUCAAAGCCUGGUUUUCGAGAGGAGGUAAACAACAAAGAUGAUGUUGAGGAAAUGCAGAACAUAAAAACAAAAGCACACAGAGUUGACCAAAGAGAGCAGGUUGCAUCAGAAUUGCAGAAGCCGUCCAAGAGAGCAGGGAAAGCUGCACAGAGACUACGGCAAGGUCAGAUGUGUGAAGGGUCUGACUCAAGAGCGCCCCCUCCGGGAGGUUCUCCAAAAGAUGACAGCCUGUUGCUGGGCAAUGAGUACACCUUUAUAGACCUGCUACAUGAGGUGGUGGAAAAUCAUGGGCGCUGGACCCGAGACAGGUGGAGACAAACACAAAAAAACAAAACCAAACUCAAACAGAGUCGUUAAGUACUGGAAGUAUGUUUCUAAAUAUACAAUUGAUGGAAAAAUUUAUAUUAAAAAGAUCUCAAAAUAAUCUGUUCUUCUGCUCUGUAAGGUAAAACCUGCAAAACACCCUCUAAAAUAUGCAAAAUCUAAUAAUGGAUAUGGUAUGUAAAAAUGCACCUGGUAUGUACAGACAUUUGGAUUUUUUUACUGCAUUAGUAAAUAAAAAAUAAAUAAAUGUAUGAACCUAUGAAUCAACAGUCGAAGUAUCUAUUGGUAGAAAAAUAAUGCCACAUUUCUCUGGCUGCAUGCAGCAUUUAUUGAUUCAUUCUUACAUGUAGGUACAGACUUCAUUUAAGAAAUUGUACAAAAUUUAGACGAGUGUUCCAGACAAUCCAAAAACAGGAGCCAGCAAAUGUAAACAUGGGUCUCUGACACAUUUGGCAAGAUUAGGACAUGCAUGGUCCAUGUUUUUCUAAAACUACUGGAAAAAAUAAAGAAAUUGUUGUAAAUUACAACAGCUGUAAUCAGCCGAUCAGGUUUAAAUCUCAGGGAACUAGUCAAAAAUAAGGAAUCUGGCAGGCGAUUUUUAACAUGCACAUUUUGCAUAUCCUUUCCAAUUAUGGCUAUUAAUUUAGGAAAACAUUAUUUUAAAAACAUUCCCAAAGCAUUCUGCAUGAGAAAACCGUAAACAAUGGACAGAAUGUAAGUGACAACAUCUUUACGCAAGCAAAAAACAUGAAUAUAGUCUGAUGAGCUGUACAGUAUUCUGCUCGACAUGUCAAGGGUUGACAUUCAAUUACUACUGACAGUCUUGGAGCUAAGCAGUAAAUAAUCUGAUAUGCCAGAUCAGUAGAAGCAAAAUAAGACAGAAAAAUGCCUUAAAUACGCAAUAAACAUGAAUAAUAAAGAAUUAUAAAAUAAAUAUUUGAAACAUAAUGGCUACAAGGAUUCCCGUUUCGUUGCUUUUACUGUCAUCAAUCAAAUUUUUUCGUGGAGACAAUCAGGUAAGAAUGGUAUUAGAGGUAUUCAAUCUUAGCUACUUUGCACGAAGUGGACAUUCACAUUUUCUGUUCAGUGAAAGAUGAAUACAUCUGUUAAAAGAAUAGAAAGAGUAAAAUCAAAAGCAGCUUUCCAUGAUGGCUUUAAAUGUCAGCUCCAUAUACUGAUGGAAAUGACAAUGAACAAUGGAUUAAUACAGAAGGCAAAAACUAAUGUAUUGUGAAAUGUAAAAUUUGUAAUGUUUUAUGUAGUUUAAAGGGUUACUGUUUACCGCUCAGCAGAGCUUAGUGCAAUAAAAUCGGCAAAUUCAAAUGUAUACUCUCCCUCA